GUAUCCAUGCAUGCUUAUGUGUCCUUUCCCGUGUAUGUAUGCGUUCAUUUGUGCAACGUGGUUUCUGUGUUUGUUUUUUCUACGGAAGAUCUUUUUCUCAUCCCUAAUAUUUCUCACUAAUAUUUAUGAGUUUGGGUGAAACCCGAAAAAGGAGCGAGAGCAACAAAAACACAGCGCCACUUUUCUUUACAAAUCCACCAAAACUGAAGAAAAAUGCGGCUGACUGUUCUGAACAGCUCUGCGGCCUGCACUUUCCAUGAGGGGGGAUCCCAGCUUCCUGCGGGAGCCCCAUUCAUCACCUGCUUUCAAUGGCCGCCGCACUGCCUCCGACUGGCAGGCCAGGUAGGGUGCCGAGCUACACAAUGUGGGAGGAUUAGUAUCAAAGCUGCGAGGACUAGGCCCUCGGACUCGGGGCUGCCUUUUAGCGUUGGCGGGGACUGGGCACAGCACCGGCCAAGGUCACCGUCUCCUGCUUGGAGGGGACUGGGAACGGACCCUGGGAAUCGAGCGCCUUUCGGCUCAUCGUGGAGCCGGCUUCCAGCACAGCAGAUCGUGGAGCUAAAACUGCAGCUUGAACAGGAGAGGACGCACCUAUUCCAGCAGCACAAUGCCUAAGAAGGACAACCCAGUCCGGGACCACCAACAGAAAACUGACAAUUUGGAAAAGCUGCUAAGGCCACAAUGGUUCAGCGCAAAAGGCGAAUUCGGGAAUAGUGUGCGCGGGACAGAGAGACCGACAGCAGGUUGAAGCAGAUUGAGGAGGGAUACCGGCACAUGCUUGCCAAGUCUUCAGAGGAUGGCUGCGGUGUCCAGAGGGUGCAGUACUCCACUGAGGAUAGAAGUGGAGAAACCAAUGCUGGAUGCACACACUACCCCCCAGGAGGACAGAACAAGACACCCUGUAUCAGCCAUGAUGAUCACCCAGGACUGCGCUUGGGGAGCAGGAGCUGUGACACCACAUGAGCUGCUGUUUCGCAUCAGCAGUUCCACAUCGCUGCCCAGGGGUCAAGCACUGUCCAACCUUUCCAGACGUCUCAGCUCCUGUUCAACAGGUCAAGCCCAACCAAGAUGGAGCAGCCAAGCUGAGAGGCCAGGAAUAGAAGGUGACCUGGUCUGCACCUGGACCACAUGGAAGGAUGGUAAACUCCUAAACAACAGACAUGUCGUGGGAGUUCUGCCAGGAUUGCUUCAGCCCCGGAUGAAAGAGGACCACACGGCUCGACGGGGCACUCGUCCCAGUCCUGCCCGAGAGAAGAAGGGCUGAGAAGCUCCCCUGCUGAUUUAAGAGAGUGAGGAGAUUACAGUCGAGCUCAGAGGAGGCGAGAGCAGCGCGCGCGCAGACACGAGCUGGAGCCAUGAACAGGUCGCUCACGGACCACAUCAGCAGUAGCUUCAGAGAAGAUGCCCCUCGUCCUCCAGUCCCGGGGGAGGAGGGUGAAGCGCCAUGCCACAGUCUCAGCAAAUUCGCCGUGAUGCGACCUCAGAAUAAGGUUAAAUCGGCUACCGUCGCCCCUCCCGGUUCCACGCCGAGGAGAAACGAGGAUGGACUUGGGGAACCCGAGGGGAGCGCUUCUCCGGACUCGCCCUUAGCUCGGUGGACCAAAUCGCUACAUUCCCUAUUAGGGGACCAAGACGGUGCUCACCUUUUCAGGACCUUCCUGGAACGGGAGAAAUGCGUGGACACCUUGGACUUCUGGUUCGCCUGCAAUGGCUUCAGGCAGAUGGACCUCAAGGAUACCAAAACGCUUCGAGUGGCCAAAGCAAUCUACAAGCGGUACAUCGAGAACAACAGCAUUGUCGCCAAGCAGCUGAAACCUGCCACUAAAACCUACAUCAAGGAUACUAUUAAGAAGCAACAGAUCGACUCUGCGAUGUUCGACCAGGCGCAGACCGAGAUCCAGUCGACGAUGGAGGAGAACGCGUACCAGAUGUUCUUAACAUCUGACAUAUACCUCGAAUUCGUGCGCACCGGGUGCGAGAACCCAGCCUAUGUGAGCCACAAUGAUCUGGGCUCCCUCAAGCUCAUGUGUGGCUACCUGCCCACCUUGAACGAGGAAGAGGAGUGGAGUUGCGGCGACUUGAAGGCUAAAGCGUUGGCUUCUGUCGUUGGACUAUCGGCGAAGGCGCUGAGAGCGACCAUGUCCAUGAGGACCACAGAGACGUUGGAGAGUGGCUUCAGAUCACACAGGCGAGGAGAGCCAGCAAACCCCUACCAUGUGAAUUCGGGCUAUGUCUUCGCCCCUGCCACCAGCGCCAAUGACAGCGAGAUCUCCAGCGAUGCCAUGACUGAUGACUCCAUGUCUAUGACGGACAGCAGCGUAGAUGGGAUCCCACCGUACAAGCUGGGCUCCAAGAAGCAGCUACAGCGGGAGAUGCAGCGCAGCGUGCGAGUCAACGGCCAGGUCCCACUACCUCACUUCCCUAGGACCCGCCGCCUGCCCAAGGAAAUGACACCCGUGGAGCCCGCUGCCUUCGCUGCCGAGCUCAUCGCCCGCCUGGAGAAGCUGAAGCGGGAGCAGGAAACGAUGAGCUCGUUGGAGGAGCGGCUGCAGCAGAUCCAGGAGGAGGAGGAGAGGGAUGAGAGCGAGUUGCUGAGUGUCCCCUCCCACCACCCCUCGCACCCCCUGGGCCUGCUGCCUUCCGGAUCCUGUGAGGAGGACCCCCAGGCUAUCCUGGACGAGCACCUCUCCAGGGUCCUGAAGACCCCUGGAUGCCAGUCCCCAGGUGUGACGCGACACUCGCCCCGUUCCCACUCACCAGAAUCUCGCCAUGGGACUACGGCUGCUCAGGGGCCUUCUGCGUGCAGCCCCAGCUCCCUGGCCAAGGUCUUCCCAAGCAGACAGGCAACCAAGCACAUCCAUCACCACUACAUCCACCACCACAGUGGCCCCAAGAGCAAGGAGCAGAUUGAGGCAGAGGCGGCCCAGCGCGUGCAGGGCCUGUGCCCGGCUGGUGCAGACUACUCAUCCUACCACCGGUGCCGUGGUCAUGGCAGAGAGCAGUGCGGCAGCCCGGCGGAGUUCGCUCUUGGGCGUUCCAGCACUUUGUCCAAGCGACUGUCCAAGGCCACGGUCUGCGAGGGUCCAGCCCAGCAGAAUGGGGAAGUCGGAGGGGUUUGUGGCAGCAGCGCCGCCCCACAGCUCCCUUCCGACGGCACCGAUCGUUCACAGAACGUCUGGCAGUGGAUUCUGGAGAGCGAGAGGCAGAUCAAGCACAAGUCAUACGGUGCCCAAGGUGUCAAGAAGGUGUACGCGCCAGAUUCUUCCUCAAAAACGCUGCCAGGGCGGACACAUACCUGGGGAGGUAGUGGGACUCACCUCCGUGCCCAUCAUCCUGCCCAUCCCUUUGUUCAGGACCCCGCCAUGCCGCCACUGCCACCUCCAAACACUUUGGCUCAGCUGGAGGAGGCCUGCCGUCGCUUGGAGGAGGUAUCCAAGCCUCCUAAGCAGAGACAUUCAGCAACAAGCCUUCAAAGAGACAGGAGCCAUUCGAUGCCUUUCCAGAGUGGUAGCACACCUCAGUCGAGUCCUGGGCUUCAAACAGAGGAAACGAAAGAGCCAAAGAAGCAGCCUGGUUCCCACAAUGCACUGGGCACAGAGCUGGUCGUUACUUACUUCUUCUGCGGGGAGGAGAUCCCCUACCGAAGGAUGAUGAAGACACACAGUCUAACACUGGGGCACUUCAAGGAGCAACUCCGCAAGAAGGGCAAUUACAGGUAUUACUUCAAGAAGGCCAGCGACGAAUUUGAGUGCGGAGCAGUGUUCGAAGAGGUCUGGGAUGACUGUGCCAUUCUCCCUAUGUAUGAGGGCAAGAUCCUUGGCAAGGUGGAGAGGGUGGAGUAGGCGGAUGCCAUCAGAAAGAACAGAAGUCUCUCCACAAGAAAUUUAAUGCAUUACUUAGUGGAAAUGGACUUUUCAAAGGUGCCCGUUUCCUUUUUUUUUUUUUUAUUUAUUUUUGUUAAUGUUUUCGUUAUUUUAAGCUAAACAGAUUUUUAAUAUAUCCGAUGGACUGCGGGCACCAGAAGCUAUUGAAGGAACUCGAGCCAAUGAAGUAGGGGAUGAACCGGGGCAAGGAGAUGCCCUAUAGGUGACUUUAUAAACCAUCCAGCCUUAGUAACACAAGGGAAUUGUAUUAGGGACAAUGUGGGGGGGCCUUGAGGACCAUUUUCUCCACAAGGAGGACAACGAUAUGGAGGGAGGAAACGCUGCAAAUAUAACCACUGUCUCAAGAUGCCGAGGACUGUUUGAGCUGAUAGACUGUAGGGUGCCCAUACACGGCUUCCUGGCUAUUCGCUACAGACUGGCAUCAAACCUAACGUUGUGCAACUGCUUUCCUUAUACUUUUUAAAACAUGUCCAUACGUGUGCAUAUACAUACAUGCAUAUGUAUAUAUACAUGUAUCAUACAAAAAC